GGAUGAAGGAGGAGAUGAGAGCUUGUGCAGGAAGCCUCAUUGAGCCUUUCUUCGUCUUGGUGUUGGACCGCUACUUUUUUUGUUUAAAUAAAUUCCAUCCGUAAUGGUAGUCCGGAAUCCGUAUGAUUUGUAGGUGCAAUUGAACGGGGACCCUCCGUCCAAAACGGAGACAUACGGAUCCCAUCGCAAUUACACUGCAAAAAGUGACCCAACAAAAAGAUACAUGGGCAAAGACAAGCUUACGAACACUCCAAGACCCCAAGACCCCCAAGACUCCCCGCGGCGCGCGCCCAGAGACUUGGUGCGCAUAAGCCUAUUUCAGGCUAGAGUCACGAGCAAACCCGCAAACUUAACGCCGCCCGCUAAAACGAAAGAGAGUGUCGAAACGAGAGUCGCAGGCGACCAGCAGGUGCGGCCAGGCGAACAUAAGGUACCUUCACCGACAAGGGUCAGGCAGGUUGCCUCCCUCCAAAAUCGCGGCUUGGCUCAAUCCCGUCCAAUCCAUCCACGCACGCAACGCACGUCCUUUCCUGACCCUCGAUCCUCCCAUUCUUUUUCCCCCAACAUCGCCACGUUCCCGGGUGGUGUGUUCAUUCUCUCUAUUCAGAGGUGUGUGUGUGUGGCUCUUCGAUACCCGUUCCUUAAACUCCUCGCACCGGUUCCUCUUCCCCUUCGCCAUCCGCCGCUUGCAUUCUUCUUCUUCCUCCAUCCUCUACACGUAAUCCCGCCUCCGAGCCCUCCGCAGCCUCCGUCCGACAAAGGGGAUCUCGCCGCACCACUUCGAGCAAACGGACUUCCUUGUCUUCCUUUUUCUAUUUUCUGCAAUCGUCGUCGAAAGGCAAACCGAGAAAGUCAUUUACCUUCACCUCUCACCCAACCCGCGACACAACUCGAACCCGUCGCGCCUACUUCUCUCAUCUUCAUCCAUCACAAACAACAACCAGCUUCCAUACCAAACAAUGGCCGACCACGACAAGCCCCCCGCGUACGGCGGUCCUCCCCCUCAACACCCGCAACAAGCCUACCAGGGCUACGGCUCCCCGCCUCCCCCGGGCGGCCCAGGAGGCUACGGCACCCCUCCGCCGGGACAAUACUACUCCCCCGGCCCGGAGAUGAACUACGGCCAUCAGCAAGGCCCUUACCCACCUCCGGGACAGCAGUACCCCCCGGGACAAUAUCCUCCCCAAGGACCCUACCCGCCCCAGGGCCAGUACGGACAGCAGUACCCACCGCAGGGCGGUUACUACCAGGACAACCGCGGCGGCGGCUCGGGAGGCGGCAUUAUGGCUGGUCUGCUCGGUGCGCUCGCGUGCUGCUGCUGUCUUGACUGCUUGUUCUAAGCCGGCGGCCUGUCGAACGGUUUGUCUUACUGGGAUUCUAAGGGGCCAACUUACACGGAGCGACAUUACAAUACAAAUCACACGAUACCCCCAAAAACUAAACUACUUUA